UGCAGCGCGGCGGAGGUUCUUCAGUGAUCGGUGAUCUUUAUUUUUCUACCAUAAUACCGUUAAGCUCCGCGUACAUAUUUUCGUGGUGUUUAUCUCGCCUUUGUUCCGUUCUCAGUUUUUCCCACCAGUGUCCCGAUUUGUGUUUACGACACCGUUUUUGCUCCGUGAGAGAUAUAAUUCGACUUUUCUCAGGGAAACAAUAUAUCUGCCGCAUUCCGUUGUUUCUCCUCGUUCGCCGUCACUCACUUCAACGCACUCAAUAUUUUCGCCAUCGUGCGCUCAAAAUCAUUUGGAAAAACGCAGCACACAAGAUUUAAAAAAAAGAAGAAGAAAAGGAAGGGAGAUAACAAAAUGGUACAAAAUUAUGGAGAUUCAAAACACAAAAAAGCUACUAUGAAUGUAGAGAAGUUUUAUGAUGAGUCCAUUCAUGCCAAUUACCAGCAUUUGAGUAAAAACGAAACAAGGGGUUAUAAUUUAAAUGAAGAUGAAUGGACACAAAGAGUUCCUAUUGACGAUGCCUCUGCAGAUUGCUCUUUAUUUAAAAAGAAGAAGAAGAAAAAGAAGGGAGAUAAACAAAUGGUGCAAAAUGAAGAAGGUGCGAUUAAUGAUAAAACUACAUUGAAUUUUGAUAAGUUGUACGAUGAGGUAUUUCAUGACAAUCACCAGUAUUUGAAUAAAAACGAAACAAGGGAUUCUAAUUUAAACAAAGAUGAAUGGACACAAAGAGUUCCUAUUGACGAUGCCUCUGCAGAUGGCUCUUUGUUAGUAUCUGCGAAAGCUAAAAUUCCUUUAAAUGAUCUUAUUUUAUUUAUUGUGCAAAAUGAAGAAGGUGCGAUUAAUGAUAAAACUACAUUGAAUUUUGAUAAGUUGUACGAUGAGGUAUUUCAUGACAAUCACCAGUAUUUGAAUAAAAACGAAACAAGGGAUUCUAAUUUAAACAAAGAUGAAUGGACACAAAGAGUUCCUAUUGACGAUGCCUCUGCAGAUUGCUCUUUGGUUAUGAAAAAGAAGAAGAUAAAGAAGGGAGAUAAACAAAUGAUGAAUGGACACAAAGAGUUCCUAUUGACGAUGCCUCUGCAGAUGGCUCUUUGUUAG